AUGGCGCGAUUCCGGGCGUACGACUCCGACUCAGACGACUCGUCCUCGCUGUCGUCUUCGUCCGACUCCGAGAUCCCCAACCCAAAGCCGCCGGCGUUGCGGAGGCGCUCGUUCGGCGCGUACAACGACGACGACGAUGACCUGUCUUCCUCAGACUCGGACGCGUCCCGCAUGGACGAGGACGAGCUCGUGGCGACCCCGAAGAAACCUGCGCCGAAGGCGAACGGCGUCAGGAAACACCCACCGCCCACGGUAGAAUCGGCAUCCUCCUCGCGCUCGUCCUCCCGCACGCCGCCACCUCCGCCGCCUCCACAACCCUCGCAACCCCCACAAUCAAAAACGCGCCCUGAUCCAACCGUGAUACUCAGGGCGCAGCAGCUAGGCGUCGAGCCAGGAAGAGUCCACGUCAUGCAAGCUUCCCUGUUUCGUAUGCCGGAGGAGGAGGCCGCGCUGAAAGCCGCUUCGCAAACCAAGCGGCCGCUCCAUUUGCAACUGAACCGGAAACACAGCAGAGGGUCUGAUGGCGGCGGACUGGGAACGGAAAGCGUCGAGCGACCGUCCUUCAACCACGCCGUUGAACCGGAACCUUACCGGCCUGCAAAAUACGCGCGCGUUGAAAACGCCGUAUCCUCUGUCAGCGGUCAAGAAGCCGCCAUGGUAGACGCAGGUCUCGCAUUCGGCCGUUCUUUCCGCGUUGGUUGGGGUCCGAACGGUACACUUGUGCAUCUCGGGCGAAUAUGCGGGCCAUCUAGCACCCUCAAAACAGCCGCCAACACAUCGGAAAUCACGAUCUCCUCCGUACCAUUGUUUCCGGAGGAGCCACAAGAUGGGCAGCUCGAGCAGCGGCUUCAACGGUUGCUGCGGCAUCAGCUCAGUCAUACGGAACGAAAAUUCGACGCGGAGGGUGUCCCCUUUGCGUCUCCUUCCCGUUCGCUCAACUUUGCCUCUAUAUGCUCCUUGUACGCCCCUCAGGACCGCUCCUGGGAGGCGUCACUCUUCCGGCUCGGUCACGCUCUCUUCGACGAGAUGGACCUUCACCUCCCCGAUUCCGCUCCGCCAGACGUGCGGAAACGAAUAGAAGGCAUCCGGCGGAAAGCCGCACUCUCUGCAUGGCUCGAAGAAGCUGUUUCUCCCGCUGUUGACGCCGACCUCCGCGCGAAUUUUGCAGCGUCGGCUGCCUCCGCGGCGUUCACGCACCUCUCUGGGAACCAGAUCGAGAAGGCUUGCGAUGCCGCGAUGGACGGCGGGAACCUGCACCUCGCAUCGCUCAUCGCGCAAAGCGGCGGCGACGCCGAGUUUCGUAUUGACCUGCAGGAGCAGCUCCGCGUCUGGCGGGAGCAGAAGGUGGACGUUCACAUGGAUGAGCACGUGCGCAAGUUAUACGCGUUGUUGGCGGGGAUUGUGGAAGUGCUCGAGGGCUCGAACGGAAAGGGCAUCGAGCGGUGUCCGGACAUCAACGUCGCGGACGGCUUGGACUGGAAGCGGACGUUCGGGCUCUAUCUGUGGCACGGCAUGCCCCUGGACGCGUCUGUGGCAGAGGUAUACGAGGCGUACGACGAGAUCGCGCACGACGCAUCGGCGCAGAUAGCCCCUCCGCAACCCUGGUAUUCGGAGUCGUCUCCACCGACAACGUCAAGAUGGAAUCUACCAGCUCCCCAGUUACCAUCCGAUGCCCUGUAUUCCCUCAUAAGAUUGUUCGCCAUCCCUUCGUGCUCUCUGUCUGACGUCCUGAACCCCUUAUCCUUCGGACCCUCCCCGGUUGAUUACAGCUUCCCUUGGCAUCUGUACAUUCUGUUCUCUCGCUGUCUACGGCUCAGGGACUUCGCUGACCGCGGAGAUCCUGGACCGCCGGGCGACGAGACAGAGGGCGAGGAGGUUGAAGGUCACAGUCCGACCGCUGAUUUGCUCGCCAGCAGUUACGCACAUCAGCUCGAGCAAAGGGGUAUGCUACAAGAUGCCGCAUUCGUGCUCAUGCAUAUUGAGGGUUCAGCCGGGCGGAGAAAAGCUAUCAUGGAUCUUUUGACGCGUCAUGGAUCGGAGAUAGGUGAGGAUCGACUGAUCCGGGGGCUUCACAGCCAGCUGAAGAUUCCUCUAUCGUGGAUUCAUGAAGCCAAGGCCAUCUGCGCGAUAUCCGUAGACGACAUGUGUGCAGCAUAUGACUCCUACAUGGACGGUCAACUUUGGAACGCGGCACACGACGUCGCCGUUCGCCACCUCGCGCCGGACGCUGUUAUCCGACGGGACUACCAGCUCCUGCAGAACCUGCUUGCUGGGUUCGCGAUUCGCGCGGUAGAUGGAUGGCACGUUCGCGGCAAAAUUUUCUUGGACUAUGUAGACGUCGUGACGCGCUUGGACGCCUUACGCGCGCAGGUGGAGGACCCAGAUGCAGUGGCGGAUGCGGUACAAAUGACGGAACUUGAAGAUAUCUGCCGUGGCAUCCCCAAGCUCAUCGAUAUACUGCCCGACGUGCUCUCAGACAGGACGGAUCCUCGACAUAACGUCGCUCUUUCUAUGAUGACUUCCGACCUCAUGUCACACCUCAGCCAGAUCAGACCGUUGUCCAUUUCCAACGGUCAACCGCUACCGUCCUCCGCGGACGAAGCUGCGAAAUUGCGGCAUAUACAGUCCGCAGCUCACGAACGGUUCAUGCUUUCGAUCACAGAAUCCGAUGACGACGAGGAAGAAUGAGUAAUCCCAUGCACGAACGAUAUUCUUAGUCUGUAUUUCGCAAGGAUGGUUUGCGCCAUCGUGUCACCGA